AUGAGUGGAGAAAUGUUUGAAGGAAAAGAUUACCCAACCCAGUGGGCACUAAAUCCUUCAGCAUACCAAAAUAUGAGUAACGAUCAAGUUGACUGGGCAGCAUUAGCUCAACAGUGGAUCAAAAUGAAAGAGACUGUAGUGCCACCAGCACCACCUCCGCCUACGAUUAAUCCUAUAUGUCCUGGAACUGAUGGUAGCGGAGAAGCUCCAAUGGAUAUGGAUACGAAAGAAGACGAUGUUCCACCAGCACCACCGGCACCGACCAUCAGUGGAUCAGCUGAAGCAUGGAAUCAGUGGAAUCAGUGGGGCCAUUGGAAUACUUCAGGUUCUGGAGCAGGUACUUGGGAAUGGACUGGUGUACCUCCCCCGGGUGUUUCUAUAGGUUCUGAUGGAAAGCCUAUGGGAAUUCCAACAGUACCUGUUAUUCCACCUGCUCCAACUAUAUCUACAACAUCAGAAUUUAGUGUGCCACCACCAACCACACCAUCGUUGUAUUCUUAUAAUUCAGUACCUCCAACACAACCUUAUAGUCAGGUGACUAGUUAUUGGUCUGGAGAACCACCCACUACGAUACCUCCUCAGCCACCCCCUUUUAUGAAAGGAGUGAGACAUACAAAUAGAACACCACAUAUGAGGACCAUGGAUACUGUAAGAUGUCGAGAGGAUAGGGAAAAAACACCUGAGGAGGAUACGACAACAACCAUAGACGCGGCAAAACGUAGACAAUUGCCGGCAUGGAUUAGGGAGGGUUUAGAAAAAAUGGAAAAAGAAAAACAGAAAGCCGUUGAAAGAGAAAGGCAAGAGAUACUAAGGAAACAAGAAUUAGAAGCCCGAAAGCAAGCCGAGGAUGAAGCUCGGGCUGUACUGAAUCCUUGUAAAAGCAAAUUUGAUUCUGAUUCCGAGAAGGAAACAGAACAAGAUGACGAGGGAGUACGUAAUCAACAGGUGACUGAAAAAAAUUUUGAACGUACCCCAGACAUUCUUCUUCGUCCACGGAAAUCACGUUUUCGAGAUGCAGACUCGCCGGAUGCGCAUGCGCAUACAGACAGAAGUCCAACCACGUCUAACGCGACUAUAACCAUUCCGAAACGUUCAAGAGAAGAGAUACUGCAGGAUGUGAUGUUAAAGGUACGGCGAUCGCUGACGGAAAUUCUUCUGGAGGUAACGAACGAAGAAAUCGGUUCUAUGUGCAGAGAGGUUUGGAGCCGCGCACGUGCCAAAGUCCCUGCAGGAGAGACCCCCGUCGCAUCCCUCAACAACAUGGCCCCUCUUGCUCAGAUCACUCGUAAGCUUGGUCUGGGCAUCUAUGGCGACAGCAACAGCGAGUCUGAGGAGGAGCAGAACGAGCACGUCCAGGCUCAAAAUGAUAGCGACGAGGAGCUGAUAGAAACGGUGAAACGGCGGCAACAAGCGUUCAAAAAGACGGAGGAAGAAAUCGAGGCGCGUCUGGCGGAGGAAGAUGAGAGAGAAGAGCAACGUUACGAGGAGCAGUAUAAUAAACAACAGGAAAAUCAUACUGGUAAUACAAGCUGCAAAGAUUCAGUUGAUGAAAAAGAAACGAUAAAUAAUCAAAGAGAAGCGUCUGAAACUUUGUCGAGCGGCGGACAAAGUCCACAGCAACAAAUAGUGCCGCCUGAUAUGGCAAAGACCAAUACUCCAUCAGGGUCAGCCGAUUCCGAAUCUAGCAGUUCCGAGUCCACGAGCUCUGACUCGAGUCGAAACUCGUUGAAGAAGAAAAGAUCGAGCAAAGUUCGUGACCGUGAAUAUCGAAAGAGGAAAUCAAAGAGUAGAAGUAAAUCGAGAGGCAGAAAGUCUCGGUCUCGUUCUUCCGAGCGUGGCCACAAACGCAAGUCCAGGUCUAGAUCGAUAAAACCUCGUAAAGAAUAUCGUUCAAGGUCUUCGAGCAAUUAUAGGUCCAGUAAGAAGCACAGAUCGAGAUCGAGAAAUCGCAAACGGCGUAGAUCUCGCUCGAGAAGCUGUCGUAGAUCUAGAUCCAGCUCGGCAACGAGGAAAUGGUCUCGAUCGCGUUCCAGGGGAAAAAGGAAAUCUCGUUCUCAUUCAAGAGGCAGAAGAAGAAGUCGGUCCUAUUCUACCAGACGCAGUAAAUCUCGUGCCAGGGACAAACGAAGAUCACGAUCCAGAUCCAGAGCUAGAGACAGAUCUCGAACACGGUCAAAGGAACGUAAACGCUCGCAGUCUUACGUUUCCAGGAGCAAAAGAAGGACACGAUCUAGAUCUAGGGAUCAUAGAAAAUCUCGAUCGAGAUCAAGGCAGUCGAAUCAUCGGGACGGUAAGAAAUCGUCGUCGCAUCGGUACAGGAAUUGAACCUGACCAACUUCUAGCCAAGGUUGUAUAUACAUAUUCAUAAUUAAAUAACUUUUCGAGAUAUUCGUACGGAACUAAAAGGAAUGAAACGAAGGAAAAAGAGAAAAACGAAAGAUAUACCUUUUGUUGUCGAUGAAUAACGCUAAUAUUAUCGAAAGUAAAGGUUUUCAUUGUGAUUGUCUAUUUGAAAUUUCUCACGUGCGCGCGUGUUAGUGAUGUCGGAUAUCGAUUAGGUCACCUCUUCCCAAUUUCAUUAGAUUCAUUCGAAGAAUAUAUCUUUAACUGUAUAGUAUCCGGACAGUUUGUAAUUAUUUCGAUCUACCACAGUCAGAUUUUUAACCGUAGUGUUAUUCCUGUAUAAAAUGAGAUUGGUCUUUUUUUUAUUCGAUCUAUUCCUACGUAAUCCACUUCUAUGAAAACUAAUCAGACACAUGUACACAUCAGCGAACUUUUUCAUUCACGAUUCCGAUACCAUUAUUUUAUAAUGAUGUAUCCAUUUUAUACAAACAAAUAUUAGUCUGCAUUUUGAACAAUCGUGUAGAAUAGCACGAACUUCCGUCUAAGCCAUGUCGGACGUCGAUUAUUUCCCACAAAUGAAUAUCGAAUCGCUGUUACUUAUCUCAUACAAGCUUUAUUGCGCUGUACACACUAUUAAUGCCAGUAAAUAAAACUAAUCAGGUGCAAAGAAGUUCUGGCCGUUGCAUUCGGGAAUCUGCCGCAUAGGAAUCAAGAGUCUUUGGUUUUCGUUGUUUCCUUAGAAUCGCGAGGCUGUCUCUUAUGUAUCGAGUGAUAUUUGUCAAAGUCGUAUCAGUGAAAACCAAACUGUUAAACUUUAAAAAUCGUGACGCAUAAUAAAUACGUAUACACAGAUACACACAGAUCUAUCUGUUGGUUCAGUUUCAUGUAUUAACAUACGUUCGACAUACGUUAAACCGAUGAUUUCAAUGUAUUGUAAGUA